UCUACCUACUCCAUUCUCUCUCCUAUUUAAUAUUCCCUCACUUCUCUCUCUAACUUAGGCAUCGGAGGAGGUCCCAAGUUCCACCUGAGGACCUUUCUUUGCAGGAUUUCGGAGACCGCCCUCCUCCGUCAUAGCCGCCCGAGGUCAGUAAGGUCUCACAUACUGCCUGGUACCUCCGAGGCACAAACAGUUGUAAACAGUAUCCUUUGAGACAAAAAGAAAAGUCAGGUGGGGUAGUGGGUUAGGCCGGUAUGUGGAAAAAGAUACUAACAAUUAACCGAUAAAACUUAUCGAUUCUGUUAUCGGUAUAAGUUUUCUACUUAUUGAUUAACCCUAACUGUCAUAUCCGUUAGUGGUUAACCGACACGGAAACAAUUACCACCCUACUACUUACUGUGGUUUUAAGGCUCACACAGUCCCACUUCAAAAAGACUAGUCUAUAUAAAGUAAUCAGAAUGAUUUAGUUGACAACUUGACAACCUAGCAAAAAACAUGGCACUUUAUGAUCUGAUUAUGUUUUAGGUGAUUGUUGAUAACAUUUAAUUUUUUUUUUUUAAAUUACAUCUAAUUGCAUUUAACAAUUCUGUUGAAAUUAUAGGAGUAUCUCAUCUCAGCAUACAUUGACUGCUUUGCCUAGCAUCAGCACAAUAGCCAAAAAAUGGCUGCAAAGAGCCAAAACAGGCGUUACUAUCACCAAAUUCACAAUCUCUCUACCGUCGUUCCACAGCCUCAAGCAAUGCGAGCUGGAGCACGACCUUUGGCACCUUCCAAAGGUUCAACCUUUCCCCCUCCUUCCCACCGCCUCACGCCCUCAUCCAAAGGCCGCCCUUCCCUUCCUUCUUCUCUACAAAACCUCUUCCUUCCACUCCCCUCAAGAAACAAAAUCCUCCCCUGUUUCUCUGAUCUUGAAUCCUCUGCCACCUGACGAAAAAUUCCCACCAUGUCAUCAUUUUCCCCCAAGUUCCUCACCCCACCGCUGCCCAGAUGCCGCGCCUCCGCCAGGAAGAAGCCCACCAGGCUCUUCACGGCCGUCAGCCCGCCUGCCACGGCCGCGCCGGCGGAGAUGGAAGCGGCGAGGCUGGAGCCGAGGGUGGAAGAAAGAGCAGGGUAUUGGGUACUGAAGGAGAAGUUUCGACAGGGGAUUAACCCACAGGAGAAAGUGAAGCUGGAGAAAGAACCCAUGAAGCUUGUCACCGAGAAUGGGAUUGCAGAGCUCGCCAAGUUGACCAUGGAGGACAUUGACAGUAACAAGCUGAACAAAGACGAUGUUGAUGUUCGACUCAAAUGGCUCGGCCUCUUCCAUAGAAGGAAGCAUCAGUAUGGCCGAUUCAUGAUGAGACUAAAGCUGCCGAAUGGGGUGACGACGAGCGAGCAGACAAGGUACCUGGCGAGCGUGAUCAGAAAGUACGGCAAAGAAGGCUGCGCCGACGUGACCACAAGGCAGAACUGGCAGAUUCGCGGCGUUGUACUGCCGGAUGUGCCGGAGAUACUCCAAGGCCUGGCCGGAGUUGGGUUGACGAGCUUACAGAGUGGGAUGGACAAUGUCAGGAACCCAGUCGGCAAUCCGCUCGCCGGAAUCGACCCAGAUGAGAUCGUCGACACCAGGGCCUACACCAACCUGCUGUCUCAGUUCAUCACCGCCAAUUCCGCCGGCAAUCUUGCCCUCACUAAUUUGCCAAGGAAGUGGAAUGUAUGUGUUGUGGGUUCUCAUGAUCUGUAUGAACAUCCACACAUCAACGAUCUAGCUUACAUGCCGGCUACCAAAGAUGGAAGAUUUGGAUUCAAUUUACUAGUGGGUGGAUUCUUUAGUCCCAAGAGGUGCGAGGAAGCGAUUCCUCUUGAUGCUUGGGUGUCAGGGGACGAUGUCAUUCCGCUAUGUAAAGCCGUGUUGGAAGCAUUCAGGGAUCUGGGGACUCGAGGAAACCGACAGAAGACGAGGAUGAUGUGGCUGAUCGACGAACUCGGAAUUGAAGGAUUCAGGGCAGAGGUGGAGAAAAGAAUGCCAAAUCAAGAGUUGGAGCAAUCAUCUCCAGAGGAGCUGGUCGAGAAGAAGUGGGAGAGAAGAGAUUACUUGGGAGUCCAUCCACAGAAGCAACAAGGUCUAAGCUACAUAGGUCUUCACAUCCCAGUAGGAAGACUCCAAGCUGAUGAGAUGGACAGCCUAGCUCGGCUGGCUGACGAAUACGGCACCGGUGAGCUCCGCCUCACGGUGGAGCAAAAUAUCGUCAUACCGAACAUCGAGAACUCGAAGAUUGAGUCCUUGCUGAAAGAGCCUUUACUGACUGAGAGGUUUUCCCCCGAGCCCCCAAUCCUGAUGAAAGGGCUGGUGGCAUGCACGGGGAGCCAGUUUUGCGGGCAGGGGAUCAUCGAGACGAAGGCGAGAGCGUUGAAGGUGACAGAAGAGGUGGGGAGGCUCGUGUCGGUGGACCGACCGGUGAGGAUGCACUGGACCGGGUGCCCCAACACUUGCGGGCAGGUUCAGGUUGCGGAUAUCGGAUUCAUGGGGUGCAUGGCUCGGGAUGAGAACGGGAAGACCUGUGAAGGUGCGGAUGUUUACUUGGGUGGCAAGAUUGGGAGCGAUUCGCAUUUGGGGGAAAUUUACAAGAAGAGUGUGCCUUGCAAGGAUUUGGUGCCGGUUGUUGUGAACAUUUUGGUUGAGAAAUUUGGUGGGGUUCUUAGGGAGAGGGAGGAAGCCGAAGAUUAGAGGUGAGACAUAUAUUUGGUAACUACUAAUUGGAUUGCGAGAACGUUUGUUUAUGUAUACACGAAAUAAAGCUAAUUCAAAUUCCUUGAACGAUUUAAGCUACGAAGGCAGGAAACUGUGCUUUUUAGCUUAUGCUCUAGAGCACCCCUUCUUGGAUUUCAUGUGAAAUGUUAUCAUUCUAUUCUAUAUAUGUUUAGGAGGAAGAGAUUUGGGGGAGGGAUUCAGGGCGACGGCGCGGUAGCCUCCAUCCCUCCUUCUUCGACGAUUUGAUUUUCGAACAGUUGGGUGAGGAGAGACGCGGGAGGAUGAGAAAACGAUGGAGGAAGGGAAAGUGACCUACCCUUUCCUGUUUCGAUUUACUUUUCAGGGGGGUCGGGUCUCGGGUUUGGGGUUGGUUCAAUUAUUGGUUUGGUUCGCGGGUUGGGCAAGUAGGGCUGACAUGGCGGGUAAAUAUGACGUGGCGGGUCGGGUCAUCGUUUUUUAGUGUUAAAAUAUGAUGAUUGUGAUUUUUUGUUAGCCACGUCAUCACUUAACGGUCGUCAUUAACGGAGUCUAAUGGAGGUUAACGGAGAGUGACCGAACUUAGAAUGUUUAACUAAUUUAAGUGACUAUAAAUGGAAUAAAUCAAU